CCAAGAACGCUUGGCUAGACCACCGUGUUACCUCCGCCAAAUUGACUUGAGUGGGGGAUUGCGAUUGGGGGCAAUUUCGUGGGUGAGUGAGAGUAGGUGAGUGCGAGUGGGUGAUUGCGAGUGGGUGAUUGCGAGUGGGUGAUUGCGAGUGGGUGAUUGCGAGUAGGGGAUUGCGUGUAGGUGAUUGCCGCGAGUGGGUGAUUGCGAGUAGGUGAUUGCGAGUGGGUGAGCGCGAGUGGGUGUUUGCGAGCGAUGGGUUCCAGCGAGCUCCAUGCGGGACUGUAACACCUCCUUCGCACUCCGAGCCUCCCCGCGGAAUCACUAUUCCCCAUGCUACUGCUACUAUUAGUCCAGCGCUCCGGGUGCCCCAAAGCUGGAGCCUCCUCUCGUGGUUCGUCUCGCCCUCUUUUGCCCGCGAAUCGGCUCUUCUCUCUCCCUCCUCGCCCCCAUGAUUGAUCAUUCGCGGGAGCCCCCGUCGACGCGCGCCGGUCGCCCUCCGCGUCCCCUCGCUGCUUCCGCCUGCGCCCCUGUUCGCCGCACCAGAGAGAGCGGAGGAGUUUUUUGAGUCGACGCAAAUUCGAAGGACACUCUUCCGGAUUGCUUCCCCGCUCGCCGCGGCAACCAGAGAGAGCGGAGGAGGGGGGAACGAGAGUGGCAAGGGAACCAGUGGUAAGGGAGCCGAGCGGUUUGUGCGUGUAUAUGGCGGCAUGCGUUUCACGCGGUGCUACCAGUGGUAGCAGUAGCAGUUGUGGCGGCGAGAGAGACGAGAGGGAUGGGUGGGAAGGCGAGGGGAAGUAUGGGGAGGAGGGGGGGAAGGGGGAGGAGGCAGGGGGAGGGGAUCACCUAAGAGAGAGUGUGGAGGAGGGAGAAGAGUGGGAGGAAGAAGAGGAGGAGGAUGGUAAGGGAUGGGCAGUGGUGAAGGGGGAUGAAGACGGGGGGUAUGAAAAGGAGGAGGGAGAGGAGGAUGAGGAGGAGGAGGGGGAGGAGGAGGAGGAGGAGGAGGAGGAGGAGGAGGAGGAGGAGGAGGAGGAGGAGGAGGAGGAGGAGGAGGAGGAGGAGGAGGAGGAGGAGGAGGAGGAGGAGGAGGAGGGGUGGGGGGGGGAAGGAGGAGGAGGAGUUGGAGGAGGGAAAGAGGGAGCGACAGGGGAAGAGACAACUGUGCCUGUAGGGCCGAGGGGGGGGGCUGAAAGCGAGGGGUUAAGGCAGACGGGCAGCAGCAGAGCGUAUGGGGUCGGGCCUGUGAAGGGUGGAGUGCGUGAUGGGUGUGCUAGGACUGGGAUUGACGGGCAUGGUGGUGGGCAUGGUGAUGUGCUUGCUGGUGCUGGUGGUGAUGCACGUGAUGGCGAUGGGCGUGCCUGUGAGCAUACUCAUGGCGGCACGGGCCGGUGCCCUGGCGUGGGCGUGGAAGGCUCGACGGAUAUGAGCGGCAUUGAGGGAGCGAUGGACAUGGGAGGCAUGGAGGGCGCAGUGGACAUGGGAGGCAUGGAGGUGGAUGUGUGGGAGCUGCUGCUCUGGCUGCAUGCCAAUGGCGCCACACCCCACCCACGCACAUGGCCCUUUAAGGUGGUGGUGUGUCCUCUGCUGCAUCUGCCCCCAGGAUCCAGACACGCCGGGCCAAGAGGCAGGCCUGACCUGGGACUAGUGGCGUCGCGCCACAUAGCGCCAGGCGAGCUGCUCUUCUGCCUGCCGCCCAACCUGCAGAUCACUCCUGACCGCAUCCCCCCCGCCUACUCCCUCCCACACGCCCACCCCUGCCCCUGCUCCUCCUGCUCCCCCUCGCCCUCCCCUCCCCCCUCCGCCUCCGCCCCUCCUUGCUCCUCUGUUCCCUCUGCUGCCGCUACCUCCCUGUCUGGGUCUCUUCAAGAAAGAGAGCGGGAGAAGGAGAUGCAAGAAAGGAGGUGUGGGGAGGGAGAUGAGGGAGAUGGGGAGGGGCAGGAUGUUGGCCACUUAUGCAGAUGUGUUCAGCACCGGGACCCGCUAUCCACUGAGAGAGAUGGUGGUUGCGCUGGGCACUCAAGAGAUGGUGAUGCUGGCACUGGUUUAGGGUCAGAACAUAUGGCUGCUUGUGGCGGUGGCAGCAGCAGCAGCAGCCUUUGCAAUGGAAAUAGCAGCGGUAGCAGCGGUAACGGCAGUUGCAGCAAUUGCAGCAGCAGCGUAUGUUCAGUCGCAGCAGAACAAAAGAGCAGCGCAGAAGCAGUGAUUAAUGGUAGCGCCUUAUUAGUUGAACCAACAAAAGCUCCAACGCCGACACCACCAUCAGCAGCAUCGUCAGCAGCACCAUCAGCAGCAUCAUCAGCAGUACCAGCACCAUCAGCAGGAGCAUCAGCAGCACCAUCAGCAUCAGCAGCACCAUCACCACCAGCAUCACAUCUCACCAGUGGGUGGGCAGUGAGCACGGGCAUGGCAGCAUGGCUAUUAAGGGAGGUAUCCAAGGGCCCUGCGUCCCCCUGGUCGCCCUACCUCGCCACCCUGCCCACGCACGUGCCCCUGCCGUCCCUCUUCCCUCUCCCCACCCUCCAACAGCUGCAGUGGCGCCCCACUGAAGCCAUGGCGGUGGCCUACCGGCAGGCGUACGAGCGCGAGUACCAGCAGUGCACGCCCGACUUCAUUGCGCGAGCGCCCCUCUCCGCCUUCCUCUGGGCCAUGACCGUCAUCUCCUCCCGCACCUUCUCCUCCCCCUCCUCGCCCUCCUCCCCCUCCUCACCUUCCUCGCCCUCCUCUGCGGCCUCCCCCUCUAGUCCGUCCUCUCCACCCGACUCAUCACCCCCACCAGCAGCAGUGGCGGCAGCGGCGUGUGAGGAGGACAGUUGGGGGGCGCUGCUGCCCCUGGCGGAUCUACUCAACCACAGCGAGCAGUACAACGUCACAUGGACGCACGCUCCAUCAGGCCACUACCUCUUCCACGCCAUUGCCCCCAUCGCCCCCGGUGCCGACCUGCUCACCCACUACGGGGUGCGAUCCUCCCACUCCUUCCUCCUCUCCUACGGCUUCUCCCCCUGCCCCAACUCCUUCGACUCCCUCCCGCUCUUCCGCUCCCCCUCCGACCUGCUUGGCUUUUUUGCUGCACAUUUUUUCCCGGGGGAUUUUGGGGAGGAGGAUCGGGAGAGUGACAGGGAAUUUGCGAGGGGGAAUGGUGGGAGUCGUGGUUUGGAGAGGGAAAGGGAGAGAAGGACUAGUGGUGAGGGGGUAAUGGAUACGGGGGAGAAGGAAAUGAUGGUGAUUGGCUGCGAUAGCGAGAGUGUGGAGGGAAAUGGUGGGAGUAGUGGGGGCGAGAAGGGGAGGGAGAGAGGGACUGUAUCUGGAGCUAGUCGUGAAAAGGGUGAGGAUAGGCAAGACGAGGGCGUGGUGGUGGUGCUGGGUUCACAUGAGGGGGAUGAGGAGAGAGGAGGGGCGAGUGAGGAUAUAGAGGAGGAUGACGAUGCGAAAAGUGUUGGAGCAUCAGAUGAUGCAGAUUCUCACAAUUCAGGAGGAACCAGAGGCCAAAGGACCAGUCCAGCAGCAGAUCUCCCAGCAGCAGAUCUCCCAGCAGCAGAUCCAGUAAUCAGACCUCCAGUGAAGAGGCCUGCAGUGAAGAGACCUCCGGUGAAGAACCCUCCUGCAAAGAACCCUCCAGCAACAACCACGGUGCACGUGCCGCACGGCGCGUCCCUGUACGGCCCCCAGUACAGCUUCGAGGCGGAGAGGGGGUAUGCUGAUGGCGACAAGGAGGGCGAAACGGAGCGCGAUGAUGCAGAGAGUGUUGGGGUGGAUGCAUCUCCAGGAGGAACGAGAGCCCAAAACGCGAGCCCAGCAGCGGAUGUCCCAGCAGCAGAUGUCCCAGCAGCAGAUGUCCCAACGGCAGAUGUCCCAACGACAGAUCCAGUAUUCAGGCCUCCAAUUAAGAGGCCUGCUGUAAAGAGACCUCCGGUGAAGAACCCUCCUGCAAAGAACCCUCCUGCAAAGAACCCUCAUGCGAAGAACCCUCAUGCGAAGAACCCUCCUGCAAAGAGCCCUCCUGCAAAGAGCCCUCCUGCAAACCCUCCUGCGAAGAACCCUCCUGCAAAGAACCCUCCUGCGAAGAACCCUCCUGCGAAGAACCCUCCUGCAACAGCCACGGUUCACGUGCCGUACGGUGCGUCCCUGUACGGCCCGGAGUACAGCUUUGAGGCGGAGAGGGGGUAUGCGGUGUGGCCACAUGGGCACGUGGAUCCCCGCAUCAUGGCGGCCUUUGCUGUUCUCUGGCAUCUCUUUGUGUACGGCCGAGAGCCCCGGCACCACCCCAUAACCUGUGCCAGCGUGCUCUACUGCUGGGGCAUCUCCCACCCAGCGCUGCACCCCCUGCGCCCGCGCCUCUCCCCCCGCCUGCUGGCCUGCCUCAAAGCUGCUCUGGAUGGCAUACACGCCCGCUGCUGCGCUGUGAUUGGUGGGUUCGGGAGUCGGUUAGAGGAAGAUGAGGAGGAAUUGACAAGUUUGCUGGAGAGAGAGAGGAGGGGGGUGAUGAGGGGGGUGGGGAAGAGGAAGGGUGGUGUGCGGAGGGUUGUGGAAGGGGGGAGAAGGGAGGGUGGAGGGGAAGGGGACCAAGGUCGGAGGGAGGAGAAUGUUGAGAGUGAAGAGAGCGAGGGUAGUGAGGAAGUUGAUAGUGAGAGUGAGGAGGGAGGGGCGAGGAGAGGGGGGAUAGCGGAGAGGGAGGCAAGGGAGAGGGAAGUUGUGCUGCGGUAUAGGAUAGGCAAGAAGAGGCUGGUGGGGGCAGUGGAGAGGAGGCUCAGAAGGUCGCUCACAGGGGGACUGAGGGGGGUGGAGGGGGGAGAGGUGGAGGAGAGGGGAGUGAUGGGGAGGUUGAUGGAAGGAAGCUCUUCCUGGUAACCAGAGCUGAAGCUGUAGUGGGGUGGUGGUUUCUGUUGAUGGACUGAUGGGGCUGAGGCAAGGAAGUUGGUGUGCUAAGGAGAAGAGGAUGGAAGAUUCAGUAUACAUCUGUGAUAUAGAGCUGAAGAGGGUAGACGCCGGGGUGAGUGAUGUGCAAUAUGAUGCAUGCUUCUGCUCCAACAGUGGAGUGACAUUUCAACUUCACCUCAUCGCAUUGUGGAGGUGGAUUAACCUGCUUCUCAUGCUCAAGCAUUGUGUACGGUACAUGUGAAGCAAAAACCAUGUACUA